UGUGACGCUGCAGUCAGCAGCAGGUGUGGACGUGCAGUGUUAUUUCUUUAUUUUGGUUUGCUUGCUGCAGCUCGCAGGCUCAUGCCACUCCGUGUGGUUAAACUGAAGCGGAUUCAGGUCCAGGUCCAGGUCCGGGUGUAAACCCUGUCUGUGUGGUUCACUGUCGAGAUGUCGUCGGCCCAACAUGACGGAACCUUGAGUCAGCUCAAUACGUUUGAGAAACUGUCGUGGAGGCCCUCCAUCCGCGAAUCAGGCUCCAAGAAGCGGGCACGGUGGCUUCAGGCUCGGCGCAUCUUCUCCCCUUCCUGCCCCAACCUGCGGAUCCCCAACAGGUUUCUGAGAGAAGGACACUGUGUACCCCCUGCUCGGAGCGGACACCGGUGUGUUGCAGACAGCUCCAACCUGUAUGUGUUUGGAGGCUACAACCCAGACUUUGAGGAGGCAGGCGGGUCAGAGAAUGAAGACUACCCUCUUUUCAGGGAGCUUUGGCGGUUUCAUUUUGCCACAGCCACCUGGCAGCAGGUCCGCACAGAGGGUUACAUGCCCACAGAGCUGGCCUCUAUGUCAGCUGUUUUACACGGCAACAACCUGCUUGUAUUUGGUGGCACUGGGAUUCCAUUUGGUGAGAACAACGGCAAUGACGUCCAUGUUUGCAAUGUACAGUACAAACGAUGGAACCUGCUCAACUGCAGAGGGAAGAAACCCAACAAGAUCUACGGACAGGCGAUGGUCAUCAUAAAUGGCUACCUCUAUGUGUUUGGCGGGACAACGGGCUACCUUUACAGCACCGAUCUGCACCGGCUGGACCUGACCACCAGAGAGUGGACCCACCUCAAACCCAACAACGCACCAUCAGACCUACCUGAGGAGAGGUACAGACACGAACUAGCUCAUGAUGGACAGAGAAUAUACAUUUUAGGAGGUGGGACGUCCUGGACCUCAUAUACCCUGGAAAAGAUUCACGCAUAUAACUUGGAGACAAAUUACUGGGAGGAAAUGGUCACCAAACCCCAUGAAAAAAUAGGAUAUCCUGCUGCCCGCCGUUGUCACAGCUGUGUGCAGGUCAAAGAUGAGGUGUUUAUAUGUGGGGGUUAUAAUGGAGAGCUGAUCCUAUCCGACCUGUGGAAGAUCAACCUGCAGACUUUUCAGUGGACCAAGCUGCCUGCCGCCAUGCCAGAACCAGCAUACUUUCACUCUGCUGCCGUCACUCCAGCUGGCUGCAUGUACGUCCACGGCGGCGUCGUCAACAUGUCUGGGAACAAAAGGACUGGCUCUUUGUACAAAGUGUGGUUGGUGGUGCCCAGCCUGCUGGAACUGACCUGGGAGAAACUGCUGAAAACUUUCCCUCACUUAGCCCAGCUGUCCACCCUUCAGCUGCUCAGCAUGGGACUGACACACGCACUAAUUCAGCGGCUCAAAUAGACGGAGCACAGAGACUGAAGGACGUGCUAUGUGAUGGAACGGCACUGCCUCUAAAAUAUAACUGAUGACUCGGCAAAAAAGUUCUUGAAAAGGAAAAAAGUCUGAUGUCAGAUGAUUAUUUAAAAAAACUUUGAAUGCCUUUUAACUUUAGUUUUAUGUAAAUGUAGGUGCUUUUUUUUUUUUUUUUAAAUGCAAAGUGCAAUGUUUUAUGUUUCUCUGUAUGUGAAUGUAUCAGAUUUGAGUUUGCAUGCAUCCAUCAGAAGCCAUGCAUCAGCAUGGACACCAGAAUCACUGUUUCUUGUGCUUUUGUACUCAAAAGUUUUGGGUCCAUUAUGUCAUGCAUUUCCCAGUUGUUGUUUUUUCACACAUCACUGUCACAGAAACUUGUAGAGCAGGAAUAGUUCAAUGUUCCAAAGAUCACUUAUUGAAAGGCAAAAUGAAUGUUGCUUCUGCGAAUGUCAUUUUAGAUUCAAUUCAGAGAUCAGUUUGUUUCACUGUAGCUGAAAUUCUCCGCACACUGUUUGCAAUCUUUGCCACAUGUUCAGUCCCCACUGUGACAUAGGUUAGAUCAGAAAUGACUGCCCCAACCCAUGGUGAUAUAAACUUAAAUGUCCAUUUAGUUAGUUAGAAAUCAGCCAGAUGAUCUGAAAAGACACUGCUGAUAAAUCAUGGACACGUGAAACUGGGAUACCUAAAAGACUAAUUAGGUUAAUUAUUUAAGGCGUCAUGUUUUAGCCUCAAGGGCUUUCUGUUCAAAUUUGAAAAUGUUCCCCUCACUGGAACACAUUAGGCCUUAUGAUCAGAUGAAAACACAAAAGCCUUUUUAAAACCGCUGCGACAUGGCAUCACUGUGAAACUUCUAGUGCCUCUUUGGUUAUUCUUCCUUUUUGUUUUAGGAAAAAUUAAGCUUAAUAAGUUAGAAAUGAUUUUAUUAAACUGCAGCUCCACAGUGAUUCUCAAGCCUUUUUCAUUUCUACAUUCGGUGCCUUCUGAAUUUCCAAUAUGUCCCACACAUUGUUUUUACAUCUCUGUAGAAGAUUUUGAUUUGUUUAUUACUCUCUGAGCUGUGCACAUGCAGCCUUUUUCCCCAUUGCUUUACCGGGUGUUCUCCACAUGAGCCUUUUGUUGCUAAAAUAAUCAGGAGAUGCCACUUGCAGCUAAAGAUUUUUCUUUGUGCUGCUGUUUGAUUUUAUGACAAAACUUUCUUUUUUUUUAAUUAUAGCAAAAUGUGCAGCUACAUUCUUUUACACUUAAAUGGUCAUUUCAGUUCCCAAUGUAUGCCUAAACUUCAUUUUAACCUUUUAUACUGCAUAAGGCUGUUUUUUUUUUAACUUUAGUCUCGUUUUUCCAGAGAACUUUGUGCUAGGGUACUUUGAAAAAUAAGUGGCAGGGGACUUUUUUUUAACUAGUAUUAACUAGUAACAAGGUAUUUAAGGUGUACUCAGGAUGUGAAAUACUGUGUUCAGACUCCGUCUGUAGAGCAUCACCAUCGCCAAAAUGUCAACUGGCUGUCAUUUUUGGGACAGAAAUAUGUACAAGAUGACUCAUGAAAACUAAUCUUUCGUGGCUACUGUGGACUGUAACUCUUAAAUACUUUAACAUUUCAGCUGCUUGUAUUAAGUCACACUUUUGCCUCUUUCUUUCACCUAUUUUGUCAAACUCUACCUUAAAUACUUUAUCUCAUGUUCACUUUAAUUGUUGGUACAAUACUAAGCUAACUCAUCUAAAACAUUGUCUCAUAAUGCUCAUUUUCACAUUCAAAACUCCACCUCAUUUACAUUUUGUUUGACAUGUUGCAGCGUUAUUUAUAUCCUAUUAUGAAGCAACAGCUUCACUUUGUGCUUGGACUUGGUAAAUGUACUGCCUUGGUUAAGAUUGAGAUGUUUAUAUUUGCAUAACUUUUUUAUGUUAAUGAAAGUUAAAUUAUCUCUUUUGCAUGUCAGUAUGGUGUGCAUGUCACUUUACAUAAACUCUCAGGAGAAAAGGUGAAUGUCUCCUCAAAAGCAAAUAUGGCUGUAAUGUACAUUAUGUUUUGUAAUUCCUGUCCGUGCAAACAAUAAAAACACAGGCAGCCA